AUGUCUCGUCACAUGAACAAGCAAAAGUUUCUCGCAGAAUACGUGUAUGAGGUGGAGAAAGACUUUGAUAUCGAUGGUGUACCAGCAUCUUGGGCGGCACCUACUAGUGAUGGCAAGCCAGCACACCGCUUCUGGGACGACGAGGACGAUAAGGUUGAACUACGCUUUUUCGACGACCAGAAAGCAGAUGGGGUCAAAUUCUUUGCUCCGAGCCAUGACGGACGAUUCAUCGCUGGCUCGAACGGCUCAUCUGUUGGCGUGAUCGAUCUCGAGACCAAAGAAAAAUGCAUGCAGUUUAAUGGAUUGGUAUCUACUUGCGUCAAGCUUAUGUUCAGCCCGGUUUUGCUCGAAUCCGGAGGGUAUACUCUGCUUGAUGUGAUCGACGUGGAAGGUCUCCUACAGAAGUCUCUGGAUCCUGUAGUGGCCGAGUUGAGCAACUCCUUUGGCGCUUCGUCGACGUCUUCUCUCCUCGAGACGGUUCGCGAAGGCUACAGCGAUGUACUGAAGAAGCUGAGGGCUGGCAUCGAAUCGAGAGACCUUUCUCACGUCAAGGGACGUACUAAUGGCUUCAACUCCAGUCCAUUCAGCAUGGACGGUCGACUAUUUCUUUACACUAUUCAGAACGAGUCCACGCAAUCUGGUCCCCGUCCAGCAGCCGACCUCCCAAAGAUCAUAGUGUACGAUGUGGUCAACAAAUGUCAAAAGUACGUUCUGAGUGGCCAUGAGGAUGCCAUCAUGUGGACGGCAUUCAGUCCAGAUAGUCAGUACAUCGCUACUGCAGCUUGGGACGGCACUUUCAGGAUCUUCAGUGUGUCGACAGGCGAGUGUAAGCAUGUGAUUGGACCAACAGGAGGCCAAUGCUGGAGUGGAGCGUGGUCACCGGAUUCAAGACAUGUUCUGCUUUGUGGUAUGGCUAGGGAGGAUAGCAGCAGUGAGACGUUCGUAGCUGUUUAUUCUGCCGAGACAGCACAGCAGGUCAAUCGGUUGGAGGAUGAACAGCUGAAGCGCUGGGUCCGGUUCGCUGCGUGGUCAGGCAGAGGAGAGGUGGCAGUGGUAGGCGAGGAGAACCAUGUAUGGAUCUGGGAGCCGUUCGAGGACAAGCACAUCAGCAGCUUCAAACUCAAGGUCGAGGAUUGGCUGAUGGAAAGUUUUGCUGCUGUGUCGGAGGUUCAAUGGGCAGAUGAGGGAAGGUUGCUGAUCGCUCGUGCAGGCGAUGGGACUAUCGAGAUCUGGGACCGGGUUGCAAACACCAAGUGGCGAUUGCAGAGACCCGAGGGCUCUGGGACAGAACGGAGUGUUGGUGUUGUGCGAUUCGUGGAGCAAGACAGGACCUUGAGGUCUUUCAGUCGCGACGGCUUCAUGAGAUGUUACAGGAUCUAA